AUGAACAUUGACAAGCCCCUUGACCAGAUCAUCUCCGAUCGCCCCAAGAAGACCGGCGCCGGCCGCAACAGCCAGCGCGGUCGUCGUGGGGGCCGUAGUGCUCGACCCGGCGCAAAGGCGGCAGCUGUCGGUGCUGGUGCCCAGAGUGCUGCCGUCAUCGCCGCCUCGAACCGCAACAAGCCCCCCGUCGUGAUCCCCGGCCGUAGCGGCAACACUGGCAGCAAGAUUAUUCUCAGCAACUUGCCUCUCGAUGUCACCGAGGCCCAAGUCAAGGAACUAUUUGCCACCACCAUUGGCGCUCUUCGCAAGGUGGCCAUGAGCUACCGUGCCAACGGCCAGUCCACUGGCGUCUGCACUGUCGAGUUCCAGCGUGCCGACGAUGCUGGCCGAGCCUACACCCAGUACAACAACCGAUUGAUCGAUGGAAAGAAGCCUCUCAAGGUCGAAGUCGUCGUUGACCCCUCCAAGGUGGCUGCUGCGCCCGCUGCUGCAGCCAAGGGCGCCAAGGGUGCUGCCGGUGCCGGUGCCAAGGGCAAGGGAGGUCGCGGUGCCGCUGGUGCUGCCGGUGCUGCCGGUGCUUCGUCGCGCGGGCGUGGCCGUGCACGUGGCGCCAAGCGCGAGGCGCGCCCCAAGAAGACGGUCGAGGACCUCGACGCCGAGAUGGAGGACUACAACAAGCAGGCCUCCACCGACGCUGCUCCUCAGGCCUAA